AAUGCGAUAAAAGUUUUUCUUGCUUAUCCAAGUUAACAAUACAUCUAACAGUUCACGAGGAAUAUCGCCUGUUUUCAUGCGAUUUUUGUGGAAAAAGUUUCAAAUAUAAACAUGACUUAAAAAAACACAUGAAAAAAGUACAUCAACAGGGACAAGCCGCAUCUUCUACCAAAACAAACGUUAAAUAUACUCAAGAUGUAGAAUGUGACGUAGUAGAUAAAGAUCAGAAAGAAUCAAUAGAAAAACCAUCGACGAGUGGUCAAAAAUCUCACUCAGUAGAAUAUGUAGAAGCUGUUGUGGUCGGUAUCGGUACAGAAAAUACUGGAAUUAUGAAUAGAGACGAAUAUUUAAACAUGAACGAACUGGAACAUUUACCAGAAUUGGAAGUAUUUUCAGAAGUGAUAGUUGAAGGAUUCGAACUAGAAUGUCACAUCUGUCAAGAGAAAUUUGACAACGAAAUAUCUCGUAGAGAACACGAAGCAAGAUUUCAUUAAUUUAAUUAAUCACUUCUAAAUAUUAAUUUGCAAAAGAAACGAUUUGGUAACGAUUUUACAAAACGAUUUAAAUCUUGCAUUUAUUUUUCAUUUAUUAUAAAAAUAUUUUAA